CGAUUAUUUAUACAUUUAUGGACUACACUAUUAAAGAUUCCUUCUUUGAUGACUCUGAGGAAAAGUCCUUCUGGACCUAAACUCAGUUCCCUGCCAAAGUCAUCCAAACCGAAUUGCAAGACAACAUGUUGAUUCACGAGGAACGAGAACUCGUGAAACGUAAAGUUGGGAUUAUGUCCCAUUAUCUGCUACUUUUUAAGGAAUAAGAAGUACGCAAGUGGAUGAAUUUGAUCAACGUUACCAUGGAGCUAAUCAAAAGCCCAGUAGCUGGCCAAGGGAUUAGAUUUCUAAAGAACAAGCAAAGCUUUGAAAUGUACGGUGAUGUUGAACCCUGGUACAACUACCUCAAAAAGUAUUGCAUUUAGAGAGGCUUCUCUCAAAGAUACUCAUUACUUAAAAAAAUUGGUCAGGGGAAUUUCGCUGAAGUUUUCAAGGCUGUGUGUAAGACUGAUGGACACGAGUACGCUAUCAAAUGCUUCAGGAAAUCCGAUCUAAAGGAAGAGGUCGAUAAAUUAUCGAUUAUUAAAGAAACUUCUAUCAUGAGAAAACUUUAAAAUGAGUCAGUAAUAAAAAUGUACGAAGUCUUCGAAGGAGAAGAAUACUUGUACUUAGUUCUUGAGUAUUUGAAGGGCGGAGAGCUGCACAAGUACAUGAAGAAGUCUCCACCCUUUUCCGAAGAAAAAUGUUCGAAAUUAAUUUACAAAUUAUUAAAAACUUGCCAAUUUAUUCACGAAUAAGGAAUAUUACACCGAGAUAUUAAGCCUGAAAAUAUCAUGUUAAGAAAAAAAGACGACAUAGAAGACAUCUGCAUCUGCGAUUUUGGAUUGGCUGAUCAUUACAAUCCAAGUGGCAAAUACUUAUUUACAAGAUGCGGCACUCCAGGUUAUGUCGCUCCAGAAUUAUUGUAGGAUAAAAUCUAUGAUUACAAAGUAGACGUAUACAGCAUAGGAAUUUUGAUGUUCAUUCUUAUCGCUGGCAAGUCGCCCUUCGAAGGCAAAGACUAUGAUGAUGUAGUAAUGAGGAAUUACUAUGCAAAAGUUAAAUUCGAAGAUUGCAAAUUAAGUGAGCAUGGCAUGAGUCUCUUGCUCGGACUCAUGAACAAGAAUCCUGUCAAAAGGUUGAGUGCUUCAGAUGCACUCAAUCAUCAAUGGUUUGUAUAGGAAAAGCUAGCCAAGACAUGCCAAUUUAAAAUUCGAAGACAGAGCAAUGUAAAGAGAUUACCACAUCUUGAUGGUUCUCCUAUUCCCACUUCUAAUUUCUUAAGUCCCAAAAAUUCAUUCAACAACCUCAGUCCCCAUAGUUUGACUCGUACUGAUGAUAAUACUCCAAAUUCUCCUAUCACUCCUGUUACACCUCUCUAACACAAAGGAAAAGCCAUUCGAAAAUCGAUCUUCAAUCUGUAACAACUAUGA